UAUAUCUUGAAACGUCACGACACGUUCGCUAUUGGCUGCCGAACUUCCGUGUUUUCUCAACACAACAUGGAACAAGAACCCUGGAACAAGAUAAAUGUUCCCUUUCCCGGUGCUGUUUCCAGCGUUCGUGUAAUCUUUACUUCAAAAACAGGCGUGAUUGCGAAAAACUUGCUGACGGAGAACGACAAAGUCCUCAAAGUACUUCGGAGUACCCUUCUUCAGACGGAAGUUCGAGUUCUGUACGACUUGCUGUACAAUCUCAACAACAGCGCGAGAGGCAACAAAACCUUUCGCGUGCUAAAGCAGGUGGAACAGUGCGUUAACAGGCUGAAGGAGAUGAAGCUGGACGUCGCUCUGCAGAGUCUGACGGAUUUGUGUCCCAAUAUGAUUCAAAGUGAGCUGAGCGUUGAAGCGGGCGAGGCGGAUCUUCCCAGCCAAGCCGCGCUGGAGUGGCAAUGUCUCAAAGUGCUGGGAGCCGCGCAACUGAUGAGCUGCGCGUUGAAACGCUGCCGCAGAGCGUUUGUCUUAUCCAAGCAGCACAUGAAGCAUGAGUUCAUCGUCUUGAAUAUGGUGAUAACCAGCAUGCUCUGUCGCUUCUGGGUUAUUUUCCGAGGAAUCCUGGCCUGCCUGUCCACUCUCUACCAGCAUCUCUUGGCGCUGCGGGCAGAAGUAGCCCUCGCUCGGCCAAUGCCCUUCCUCACAAACUUCACCCUGCCCGUUGAUAUGGCUGACUUCCUCGACCCUUCCGAUGCAGCUUUACUGGCCGUGAAACCAAAAUCGGGACUCCGCGUGAUGGCUCACGUGGCGAAGGAGGAGAGACAGAAGGCUCCUGUCAAAGGGAACCGCCGGGGGCGGAUGAAGAGUGUUAAGGAAGACCUGGGGGUUGCUGUGCAAAGAGAGCUGCUGUUGGAUGCCAGCGCAGUGCCUGCACAAACCGUUCGCAGGAGCCCAGCGAAGAAAAAGCAACAGUCUGAAAAGAAACGCGUGUUCCAGAGACGCACCAGGCUAGCCGCUACGUUCAAAGACAUGGCCUCCUGUCUGGACAAAAUGAUCCUGUGGUGCGCAUCGCAGAAAAUGAAUCAAACCAAACGCCAUUUAACCUUCCUGAGAUUCAAGUGCCGGCAGAUGAGAGGGGCCGAGGCCGCGGGUUACAACGUGAAGAAGAAGUUGCCGAGGUUCAAACGAGAAGCUCGCCGGGCUUUCUGCGGUGUUCGAGGCCCCGGUCGGAAGCCCCGCCCCUCCGCCGCCUGCCGCUUCUGGUCAUUGAGGAGACGGUUUUUUCGAUCUUCACAAAUGAGAAAUAACGCGACGAGGAGAGUCGAGCCAAAGACGCGUGUGACGUCCACGCCGGCGAAUGACGAUUGGAUAAGCAGAACAAUAGGCGGGACAAGAGCAGUGACGAUUCAUGGUGACAGCCAGGAUGACAUCGAUGAUAUUUUUGCCUCUGUGGGUCUGUGAUUGUUUUUAAAUGCGCCCGGUCAUCAAGUUUUUUUUGCCACUUAACCUGUGCAGGCUUGCAGAUGACACAUGACCUGCCAAUCAAUCACUGGGCUGACACAUUGAAAUAGACAAUCAUUCACAAGACUCAUUUUUAAUCUUCAAUCCAGUGUAAAAUCAUGAAAAAAAACUUAUUAAAUUGCUUGAUUAUGAACAAAAAAAAUCAGCAGAUCUCUGGAAAUCUUGUUAAAUCAAUCAAGUAAGUCUCUUGGUGAUGAAGUGCUGCCUACACAGGGGAAAAUGCAAUCCACUCUUUCUUUGCGCUGUUCCCAGGCGUCGUGGUCAUAAAAUCAGCACUCGCCUUUCCCUCCACCAUGACCUUGGACCGAUAACGCAUUUUUCCAAAAUACAUUUUGGAGAUAUCAAGUCUGUUUUUGCAACAUUUUGAAUAAAAAAAAAUUGAACUUCCUGGCCGUACUGCAACCGAGCAUGGUGGAAGCAGCAGCAUGAAUGGAUGCGGCAAAUGUAAGACGUGCUUCAGCGUGAACCACUUUGUCAUGGCGAUACAUUUUUUGGGUACUGUAUAUGGUCGUUAUUUUUGGACAUGUGAUGCUGGCAGAAAUUAAUAUUUUUUUCA